UCAGCAAGUGUUUAUCUUUACAACAUCCAUUUUAUAAUUUAACCGUUUGUCUGCGAAUCGUACUGGCAUACGAAGUCGAUCCUCUGUGGUGAAAACACGUUAAUUAAAAAUGAAAGUACUACUGUUGGCUCUGUUCGUCGCGGCCGUUGCUGCCGUGCCUCUGCCCGAGGAUGCCAGUGACGCUGUGCAGAUGAUCGUGAACGGCGUCCCCGAGGGACAGGCCCUGGAUGUAGACCACAUCGUGGACAUCAAGCUGAAGGAGCACGCUGACGGCCAGCUGGUCGCUGCCUCCAACCUCCUCCACCCCUACACCGCUGUCGGCAUCGCCGAGGCCGCUGGUGUCGCUCCCUACUCUGACGUGCUCCCCGAAGCUGUCGCGUUGCCCGCCCCCGUUGAACCUGAAGUAGUCCCCUCACCCGUUGUCCUGCCCGCCCCCGUUGAACCUGAAGUCAACCCUGCCCCCGUUGUCUUGCCCGCUCCCGCUGCCCCGGAAGUCGUCCCUUCACCCGUUGUCUUGCCAGCACCUGUUGCCCCUGAAGUCAACCCCGCACCCGUUGUCUUGCCUGCUCCCGCUGCCCCGGAAGUCGUCCCUUCCCCCGUGGUCUUGCCCGCCCCCGCUACUCCUGAGGUAGUCCCCGCCCCCGUUGUCUUGCCCGCCCCCGUGGCCCCUGAAGUCGUGCCCGCUCCCGUUGUUCUGCCAGCUCCAGCUGUCCCUGAAGUUGUUAUUGACGAGGCUUUGCCCGCCCCCGCCCCUCAGUUCCCCGAAGGUGAGGUCUACAACGACGGUCUCGUCCAGGUGCAGGUCAACGGCCCUGAAGACCCCGGUAUGCUGGCCACCCUCCAGUCCUGGUUGAGCAUGGUCAUCAACUACUUCAACAACGGUGCCGUCACCUCUCAACAGAUUGUCUAAGCUAUGUUAUUAUAAAACGUCUUAAUGUUGUAAGAAUAUAUUUGGCGUUUAUUAGUUA